CUGCUUGGAAAUAUGGGAAAGAAGCGGGUUCAUUACUGAAUUAUUAAUAUGCUACCUAACUGUGGACCCAUGCAUGGCUUCUGUUCAUUAACUUUUGAGUGAAAGUUUUGGUACUACUUCUAAUUUAAGGUCGCAAAGCUCUUCAUAACCGGCAACUUGUGUUGGGAUUAUUUUUGUCCUCAUGAGCACCAACAAUCUUAGUCUUCCUUAUUUUCCUGUGUGUCAUUUGCUCUUCAGAUGUACCUGCACAAAGCUAUGACGCAGCUGCACUAAUACAUCAAAUUUCAGUCAUUAAUUAGGGAGGAAAACAUCCUGAAAAAGGAGAAACAAACGGUUCUAGAAUUCGUCGAAAGGAAGCCGCAUGCUGCACUGACCUCCGCUAUUUUUAAAUGAAUGUUCACACAUCUUUCAUUAUUUCCCAGGAGUUGAGACUACAAUUCUCACUCCAAGCUCUUGUAUGAUAAGAAUUAAGAGUUUUAAAGCGAUUUCCUUAAAAUAACCAUUAAAAGCCGAAAGAAAUGGCAAUAUGAGUACGUUUCAUUAGAUAACUGCUUCUUUGCUCUUCAACGCCCGUGUCUGAAAAGGUGCCAAGGAAACGUUGGUCUGACGCAGUGGGUCCUGCUCUGACACUCCGCUUGCUUGCUGAUGCACAAGCGCUUGUGUAUUUCUACACAGACACGCGAGCAAUCAGCCCGGAGGACAUGACGAAGGAAGGCAGCGAGGGGAUCUGUGGGUCUUGCCAAAAACCAGCAUCCUUGAAAUGCACAGCCUGUGGCCAAGUUUACUACUGCAGCAAAGAACACCAGAAGAAACACUGGAAGGUCCACAAAACAAAAUGCUGUCCCGUAGUAGAAAAGAGCGAUCCGCAACAAGGAAGGUACCUCGUAGCGUCUCGGGACAUCCCAGCUGGCCAGUCAAUACUGAAAGAAAAGCCACUCGUUCUGGGACCCCAGUCGACAUCCACUGCAAUGUGCCUCGGUUGUCUAAACCCCAUCACUGAGCCCAAUUUCCCGAGAUGCCCAAGUUGUUCCUGGCCUCUGUGUUCCCCCGUUUGUGCUAAAUCUCCGUUACACGAGGCUGAAUGUGCUUAUUUGUCAACUGACUCGAUGAAGACAGGUCCCCCACAGGAUCUAGAUGAAACACCAAGAUAUGACGUCAUCUUGGUCCUUCGUUGUCUGGCGUUAAGGAAGAAAAAUCCCGACGCCUGGAAGACCAUCGAGUCCAUGGUUCACUACGCAGACAAAUACAAAAAGGAACAAGAGCCUUAUCACAUGGCGACUGUGAAAUACAUCUCGGAAAUACUGACGGGCGUCUGCGACGCGGACUUGGUCCACCGUGUCAAGGGAGCCAUCAUCACCAAUGCCAUCAAUACCAAAGGACCCAGAGGACAAUCAUUCCGAGGACUGUAUCAAAAAAUCUACCUUUUGAAUCAUUCCUGUCAUCCGAAUGCAACGCUAAGAUCGGAUAUCUAUGGCUUCCUGUACAUAAACGCUGCCGUUGACAUCAAAAAGGGCGAGCCUGUCGUUUUCAGCUACGUACCUCCAACCUCAACUCUGUGGCAGAGGCAGGAAGAACUCCAGACCACUUAUAAUUUUACCUGCACGUGUAAUAGAUGCACAGACCCAACUGAAUUAUCGACACAUUUUUCGAGCCCGCUAUGUCCCAAGUGUCACGAUGGGUUCUUGGAACCAAGUCAGAACUAUGUAGAACCAUGGAAGUGUUCUAAGUGUGGAACCACAAAACCACUGAAAGACUUAAUAAAAAAGGCAGAUAAAUUUAUGGAAAAUAUUGAAGCAAAUUCUACAACAACCAAAGAUGCUGCCAAGUUGUUGGAAGAUGUAAAAAAGGAUUACCACCCAAAGCAUUAUGUCUGGCUGACGGCGGCUCAGGCUAUUCUUAGAAACUUGGCAAAAAAUAACGACAUAGAAGCACUUCAGAUGAAGAGAGAUUUGUGGGAAGGAAUUCUGCAGCUCUUUUACAAACUAGAACCUGGGAACACAAGACGACGAGGUGUGAGUCUCUAUCACCUCGCCAGCGCCGAAUUCGAGGUCUUCAAGGCCAAGCACUCGCAGGGAGGAAUCUCUGCUGGGGAAUACCUCGCAGGCCUGACCAGCGCCUUGUACUGGCUCGAUAGCGCGAAGGAAAUUAUUGACAUCGAGGCAGAGGAUUCGUUUGAGAGACGCUGGCUUAAACUAGUUAACAAUGAGAGAGAUGAGAUAAACAAGAUUAAAGAAAAACUAGAGGAACGUUGACGGAAGAUAAUUGCAAAAUUCCCAUCACACGAAACCGCAGCCUCCUCCUGGAUUUUGUCAUCCGCCGUGAUAACGAUAUUUUGUCAUUAUUUUUUAUGAUAUACAAAUGGACGUGUGUGAUUCUCUGGUUAAGAUCUAAGUACCCGAAGGUAUAAACCGUUAAUUAUCUUAGAAUCCCAAUGAACAAUCUUAACUUAUUGUAGAGAAAAAGAAUCAGGUGAUUUUGCAGAAGGAAACAUGAAUAGCGGGUCAUUACCUGGUAAUGAUCCAUUUCCUGUGGUGAAUGGAAGUCAAGGUGAUUCGAAGGGUGUGAGCAAUAUCAUCCCGAUUCGAUGCAGUUUAUUAUUUUUUAAAGAGACGAUCUACAUCUCGGAGAAUAUAAAAAAAAAAAGUCUUACCAACGAGGUUGAAACACUUGAGAUGCAUCACAAUACUGAUUCGACAGCAGUGAAACAAGAUAAUUAAAUGUAUAAAUUUUGAACUAAAAUGGUGAAAUCGUUGGAAAAGCUAUGAUUUACCGUUACAGGAUAACUUGACAUUUCCUAUCUUACCCUGCUAUUACUGACCUUUACCGAAAAUCUAGAGGAAUCGUUGAUAAGUGGCUGCCCCGUGACCCGGGUCACGUGACUUUAACAAGCUCCCUGGGGCAGUCACACGGGGCAGUGAAACGUGUGGAGUUUUUAUACGAGGCUUUGUUCUCGCUGUAAGUUUUGGCAAAAAUAAAGGUAGAAUGA